AUGAACAAUAACUAUGAAACGCUGUCGUUUCUGGAUAAAUUGAGGGUACGAGUUGCUUAUGUGAUACUUGAAGCUACCAGAGAUCCAUGGGAAGCAACAAAGACCCUGCUCGUUUGCCUGACGCCCCUCCUCCUCCUCGCAGCAAUUCUAGCUUAUAAACUUCAGCUGUCGCUCAAAAGGCAAAAACGCACGCAGAAGGCGCAAAAACAAAAGGAAAAACUCCUCGAAAAGCUGAGAAAUUCGAAGAAAGGCGACGAAAUUCGCGACGCGCUCAAGCUCGGGCAGGCAAAGAUUUCCGAGCCCAAAUGUCUCGAGAAUGGCAAAUUGAAGGUGCGGAAACGGGAGCCAAACUUGGUCGAUGAGCAAAUCCGGAACCUUGCAAACCCGAGGCCGAUCAAGGAUAAGGACUACCAAGCCCAGGGCCCGAUAUCCUUUGCAAAUGAAUGGACCCGGAACUUGCACGCGCUUCUUGCGGCACAAAACGGCAAGAAUAGCACAGCGCUGAUGGCUCCAUGGGCGCAGAGCCGACCUCCACCUGCAGUGCUUGUCACAAAGCCACUACGGACACCGCAGGAACCAAUGGAAACGCACCGGUAUACGGCGCCGAUUAUCACUCAAAAGGGUCCGAUCAAGCACGUCGUCAGAGACCAGAUGAAUCAGGCAUUUUCCCUGCAACGCGAGGCCGGCUAUUCGAUCGGGUACCACGACCCGCGGGACAAGAACCCGUCCGCUGUAUAUUCAUUGGGACCGGUGAUGGAGGAAAUGCGCAUCCAAGUGCAGGUGGGCAUCGAGUGUAUCGUUGUGUCAUGCACCGAGGACGAGAAGAUACACACCGUUGCCGAGCGCACCAUCAAAAAGCUGCGGAAGUUGAAGCCGGAAUUGGUGCCGAUCGCUGAGUACACAGAGAUCCGCCGAACCAUCGGCAACUCAUUGCUCGACCCAGAAGACCUUGUCGGAGACAUCCUGAAGGAGAGCGACUAUGUCAUCAUUACGCUCGUGGCCCCGGUCCAGGACGAGACCCCCGAGGAGCAGAUGGAGAAAAUCAAGCUCAACAUUGAGAAGCCGAAACGGAAAAUCAAGUUCGACUUUGACCCGUCGCCAGACUGGGGCCAGCUCGAGAAGCCGACCAAGCUGCUCGUGCUCGACGGGUGCUCGUUGAAGCCCGAGGACUUGGUGAAGUGCGAGAGGGGAAUUUGUAUUCUACAGCUAUCCCUCGAAGCGGAAGAGAAAAUCAAGAAGGCCCGAGAUCUCCUCGAGAAGAUUGUCGUUGAACAUAAGACCGUCUACGGCGUCUCCACCGGGUUCGGCACGUUCUCCAACGUGCUGAUCGAUCACGAGAAGUUGAAGCAGCUUCAGAUCAACCUGAUCCGGUCCCAUUCGACCGGAUAUGGGCAGCCGCUGAGCCCCUCGAAGGCUAGGAUGCUCUUGGCAUUGCGGAUCAAUGUAUUGGCCAAAGGGUAUUCCGGAAUAUCGUUGAAGAAUUUGAAGAAGAUGAUUGCUGCUUUUAAUGCCUUUUGCGUCUCCUACGUUCCACAACAAGGUACGGUCGGGUGUUCUGGAGAUCUGUGCCCGCUCGCUCAUCUGGCCCUCGGGCUUUUGGGCGAAGGGAAGAUGUGGAGCCCGAUAACCGGCUGGGACGACGCUGCCAAAGUGCUUAAGGCGAACCACUUGGAGCCGAUGGACCUGGGCCCGAAGGAGGGCCUCGCGCUCAUCAACGGCACCCAGAUGGUGACGGCGCUUGGAGCUUACGCCGUUGAACGUGCCGGCAACAUUGCCCGCCAGGCCGACGUCAUCGCGGCGUUGACCCUCGACGUGCUGAAGGGGACCACCAGGGCUUAUGAUGCUGACAUCCAUCGUAUCCGGCCACACAAGGGCCAGAUCGACGUGGCGCGGCGGUUGCGCUCGCUUCUGCACUCCGAGCAUAACCCAUCUGGAAUUGCCGAAUCCCACCGUAACUGCCAUCGAGUCCAGGACGCGUACACCUUGCGCUGUGUUCCGCAGGUGCACGGCGUCGUCCACGACACGAUCGAGUUUGUGCGCGGGGUGCUGGAAACGGAGAUGAACUCGGCCACCGACAACCCGCUUGUUUUCGCCGAUCGCGAGGAGAUCAUCUCGGGCGGCAACUUCCACGGCGAGUACCCCGCCAAGGUGCUCGACUACCUAGCCAUCGCCGUGGCAGAACUUGCCCAAAUCAGUGAGCGUCGCCUGGAGCGUCUCGUCAACCAUGACCUCUCAAACCUUCCAACAUUUUUGACGCCAAACGGCGGGCUGAACUCGGGAUAUAUGACCGUACAGCUUGCCGCUGCUUCGCUGGUUUCUGAAAACAAGGUGCUUUGCCAUCCAUCUUCAGCCGAUUCGAUUCCGACUUCAUGCAACCAGGAAGAUCACGUAUCGAUGGGUGGAUUUGCGGCCAGAAAGGCGCUGAUCGUUGUGGAGCACGUAGAAGCAGUGUUGGCGAUGGAGUUGAUGGCCGCGUGCCAAGGUAUCGAAUUCCUGAAGCCGCUGCAGAGCACGGCUCCCCUCAACAAGGUCUACCAAAUGGUGCGCACCGUCAGCCCGCCCCUAAUCGACGACCGGUUCAUGCAGCCCGAGAUUGAGCGCGUCAUCGAGAUGGUGCGCGAGAAUAAGGUCUGGGAAUGCGUCGCACCUCAUCUGAAGACCCUGGAAGAAAUGGAGGAUCUCGACCCGGAUGCGCUACGGUCAAAUGUGAAGACGCCAACCGGUGCUGCGUUGGGCUACGAGAGCGAGGACCCGCCGACGGACGAAGAUGACGCCGAGAUCAAGCAGGCCGAAGCCCGGGAU